GGGCGUGUGGUGUAAACUGUGAGGCUGCAGGCAGAUAGACCGUACUCCCUUUCCUCGUGGGUUAGCGUCGCAUGAAAGACACACAACAGUCAUGGCUGCUGUCGGCUUCAGUGGAGAGUGGUGUAUUUUCACCUGCGACAAGAAACUCGUAGCAGUUGACAGCAAACAGGCAAGAGAACCAUUCGUGUUUGACUGCAGUGCUGCUGAGAAGAAGCCAAAGAAUGUGAAGGAUGACAACAGUGAUGGCAGUACCUCGGAGGAAACAGGAAGUGAUAAAAUCCUUGCCUUUACCGUGUCUCCAUCUGGAAAGCUGGUGGCGCUGACUGAUGACAACAAGAGGCUGGUCCUGUUUCACUGUGAGCCUUCAUGGCAGUGUAUCAGCAUCAGGUGGGUGGUGAGGAGGUGCACCUCCCUGCACUUCACCCAGGCUGAGGACAAGCUGCUUGUGGCUGACAAAUCAGGAGAUGUGUACUGCUUCUCAGUGGUGGAGCCGCAGAGGGAGGGCGAGCUGAAGAUGGGCCACCUGUCUAUGUUGCUGGCUGUAACCAUGUCGCCUGAUGACAAGUACAUCAUCACAGCUGACCGUGAUGAGAAGAUUAGAGUGAGCCUCCUGAACUCUCCGUACAACAUCCAGUCCUUCUGCCUGGGACAUAAACAGUUUGUCAGUGCUCUGCUGGUCCCAUCAGGUCAUCCAAACUGGCUGCUGUCUGGAUCAGGGGAUGGGACCAUUAAGCUGUGGGAGUAUGAGACUGGCCAUAAGCUGCAGAGCUGGGAACUUAACGACCUUGAAAAGACACCGAGCUCGGAGGCUGACAAACAGAAGUGUUUAGCCAGGAUUCCUGUCACCAACCUUUUCCUCUUGCUGUUCUCAUACACAGCCACCACAAGGACCAACAACCGAUUCGAGCAUCUUUACAAGGUGAGCUUUGACAAUGUGACUGCAUACCUGCAGAAGAAGCAGCAGAGAGUGGAGGAACAGCAGCUGAAGAGGAAGACAGUCCAGAGAGCAAAUAGCAACAAGAAGGCCAAGAAAGAAAUGUCAAAAGCUUUAAUGGAAAAAUCUACUUAAACAGCACUUUAACAAGGGCACUGUUAUUUUCUUUGUUUCAUUUUUUGAGUGAGGAAUCUGAGUCGAAUCUGUGCAUUUAAUGAAGCAUGUGGAAAGUGUGGGUUUUGUCACACAGCCUGUGUUGAUGGAUUUCUUUGAUUUUUAAAAAUAAACUUUGCAACUAACAUAAAA